ACUUAAUAAAUAAACACAAAAAAUUUUAUCUGCAGUUUGAAUUUUGAAAAAAAUAUCGAAUUUUCUUCUUUUAAUUGCUACAUAACAUUUGUCAAUUUAACAUCAUAUAAUUCAAAUUCUCAAAUUUAAAUUUAUUAUUGCAAUAGAAAGUACUGUAGUUAUAGAGUUUUGUAAUUUUGUGUUUUUUUUUUAUUUAAUAACUAAUAUUAUAUCACUACAUUACAAUGAGAAAAACAUUAAAACUAAUGUUUUCCGUAUAUUGUUUGUAAAUUUUCAAGGGAUAUAUUUUUGAAAUUGAUAAGAGUCAAUAAUAAUAGUAAUUAUACUGCAUUGGAACCAGACACCUUGUGCUGUGUGUGUGAAUACAAAGAUGCCAACAAUAAGCUGUGCAAACCAACAUGGACUGACACUGAACUAAAAUAUAAUCCAUCAUGUAAUAUGGGCCCACAGGAUAUUUUACCUUGUAUAGUGUCUGGUUCACAUUUUGAGGAAGAAGAUGGAAGAGUCCUGUGUGCAAUGAUAUGGGGACUGAUUCCACCUUGGCAUCAAGGGAAUUACAAGAAACGUUCGGACAAGUUGUCUACGCACAAUGGCCGUUUGGAGAGCAUACAAACUUCAAAGUUGUACUUGCAAUCUCUGCAGAGGCGACAAAGAUGCAUCGUUGUCUGCGAAGGCUACUACGAGUGGAAAGCUGCCGCAAGUAAUAAGUCUUCGAAGCAACCCUAUUAUAUAUAUGCAGCUCAAGACGAAGGUGUGAAAGCAGACGAUCCUACAACGUGGUCGAAUGAACUUUCCGAAAUAGAUGGAUGGAAGGGUUUUAAGGUGCUGAAACUGGCUGGGAUAUUUGGAACGUACAAAACUGAGAAGGGGAAAGUUAUUCACAGCUGCACAAUUAUCACAAAAGCGAGCAAUGAGAGUCUAUCAUGGCUGCAUCAUCGUAUGCCAGUAUAUUUAAAUAACGAAGAGGAAUGCCAAGUAUGGUUAAAUAAGGACUUACCGACAGAUGCUGCCGUUAAAAUGUUAAAUAAUCUGGCAUUGCAAGAAGGUACUCUGAAGUGGCAUCCGAUAUCUACGACUGUUAAUAAUGUGCAUCACAAAACUACUGAUUGUAGAAAAGAAAUACAGCCAAAAGAAGAGAAGAAGAACAGUCAGGCAUCUUUUAUGGCUUCCUGGCUGCAAAAAGGCUCCACUGGUUUAAGCAAAAGGAAAAGCACAGAUAACAAAAAUACAAAUACAGGCAAAGAGGAAGAUGAAGCAAAAGCUUCAAAGAUUCAAAGGAAAAAAAUUUAAACUUUACGCAAGUAGUGUGAUCUGCGCACAUUCAAACUGAUGUAUCAAAGAGAUAUAUCGAUUAAAAUAUUUGUAGAUAUUUUUAACUUAUUUGUUUCAGUAUUUAUACUGAAAAUAUAAAUUUGUAUAGGUGUUAAUUGUUAACAUGGUGUCGUAAGCUCAGGAGAAUUAACUACCUCUUAUAAUUAUCUUUUGAAUGAUGUAAUAUAUUUUUAAUAUAGUAGUUGUAUAUCA